AGCAGGCGGCCGAGGAGAUUAGAUUAUACAGGCCGCUUUACACGGUCGGGCGGAUAAACUGCUUUUCAGUCUCGUGCGUUAUAGAAAUUCUUAUUUCUUUGGUUUUCCACAGGGACGUUUUUCCCCGGCACCUUUUGGCUCCUCCCAAAGCUUAUAGAGCUGCCGGCUGAGGGAUGCUGCUGCUGCUGUGGCUGUGGAGCUGACCCAGUGCUGUUACGCGUCUUUUAAGUCUUAUACAUUCACACCGUGCCUGAAACAUGAAGACGCUGCUCGCUGCCUAUUCCGGUGUCCAGAAAGGCACUGGUUCCAGUAUCCUCUCGGCGCUGCUGGAGCUCCCCUCGGCCCCCUGGCUCUCCAAAUCGAAGCUGGUGAAGCACCUGCAGGUCAUCUCAGUCCUGCAUUUCAUCCUCACCUUCCUGGCUCUCGGAAUCGCCUCCACGGUGCUGCUGGUCUACCUGUUCUGCACAGACUGCUGGGUCAUCGCCGCCCUCUACACCGCCUGGCUCAUCUUCGACUGGAACACCCCCAAACAGGGUGGGCGCAGGUCAACCUGGGUGAGGAACUGGACAGUGUGGACGUACUUCAGAGACUAUUUCCCCAUCAGACUCAUCAAGACCCAUAACCUACUGCCCAGCCGGAACUACAUCUUCGGCUAUCACCCCCACGGCAUCUUCUGCUUCGGUGCUUUCUGUAAUUUUUCCACGGAGGCGACGGGAUUCUCUAAGAAAUUCCCCGGAAUCCGUCCAUCUCUGGCUACACUUGCUGGAAACUUCCGGUUGCCUCUGCUGAGGGACUACCUGAUGUUUGGAGGAAUUUGCCCGGUGAACCGCAACUCUAUAGACUACCUGCUCUCCCGCAACGGGACGGGAAACGCCGUGGUCAUCGUGGUCGGAGGAGCUGCCGAGUCGCUGGACUGCGCACCAGGGCUCAACUCCGUCACUCUGAAGAACCGCAAAGGCUUUGUGAAGCUGGCUCUGCAGAAAGGAGCUGACCUGGUGCCCGUGUACUCGUUUGGGGAGAACGAGGCGUAUAAGCAGGUGAUGUUUGCGGAGGGCUCGUGGUGGAGGCACGUCCAGCGCAGGCUGCAGAAGCUGCUGGGUUUCGCUCCCUGUCUGUUCCACGGCUGCGGGUUCUUCUCGUCCGAGAGCUGGGGCAUGGUUCCCUACUGCAAGCCCAUCAACACCGUCGUUGGAGAGCCGAUCACAGUGGCCAGGGUCGAGGAUCCGACUCCGGACAUGAUCGACAUGUACCACAGCAUGUACAUCAACUCGCUCACUACGCUGUUCGACAAAUACAAGACGCGCUUCGGCCUGAAAGAGACCGACUAUCUGCUGGUCCGCUGAGAAACGGCACGACGGAGCUGUGGACGCUACGCCAGAGGAGGGCCCGGCCCAGAGGAGGCCGAAAGAACCGAUUUCUCUUCUAAGACGGACAGAACGUUAUUGUCACUUAGGCCUUCGGCUGGCGUCACUUCCACUGUCAGAUUUCCCUAUAAAUCCGAAUAUGCUUCCCAUUCAAGCUCUUAAAACCCCCCAACUCAAAGACUUACACCGUCUGGGAAGAGACUCACUUACACAGCGGUGUGUAAUUCUGUAUCCUUGCCACUAGGUGGCACUAUUCAGUAACAGGCUACUACAUAAACUUCUGGAUGUUAGUUCACAGUAUACUCUCAAACAGCGAUGAUCCGCAUCCGUAAACCGUGUUUGUACUCAUAGACGAUGAUGAGCAAUCAGUCACAACCAUCUUUUUGGGGUAAUUUCUAUCAUUUUUGUCCCUUUUUUUGAUUGUAAAUGUGAAAGCAACCUGCAACCCCCCCCCCACAACUGCCCCCCGCCCCCCACACGACCCCUUUAAGUUAUUUUUAUACUUUUGCACAAACAAUGCAGUAUAAGAGCCGCCUUACAGACACAGUGAUGAGGUUCUUUAGACGGUGCUCCAGCCUGCUGUGAAUACAGGAGCUAUAUUCAUUAACCCUCUACUGCAUGCGUGAUGAAAGCAAUUUAAUAACCUCACUGUCUCACAUAAAACCAUCUUUGAUUAUUAAAUCAUAUCAUGAUAAAAUAAUAUAUAACGGCUAUUGAUAAUCGGUCCCGGGAAUUAAGCUCAAAACCCUUUUAGAGGUUGAGCAGGGAUCCUUUUGGGGUGUGUUGCCUUGAGGCAACAUUGUGAGACAACGGGAAGAAACGACAUAGAGCCGUGUUCCCUGAAGUGGGGAGGCCUGGCUUGUAAUGGGCUAAAUCCAUUUGACUGCCAGACAUUGUUGCUUCUAGGCAACGAACAUGUUUCAGUAAAUUCUUAUAACAAGGAAUUUGAUACUGAGCGCUAGAGGGAGGUUUAAACGUUCCCAGUAAAAGACCGUCUGUGCUUCUUACUCACUUAUUCAUACUCUCUAUUGCAGUCUUUAAGUAUGUGUAAUGUUAUGGUCAAGUCGGGAAUAAGAGCGCUCCGGCCUCCGUAUGCCAGGUCACAGCUAAUUAGUUCUAAGUUAAGCUUUAAUUAUAGGACUUUCAAUCACUUUUGGUUCCCAUUAAGUUCAAGUGACACUUUUUAAUCCCACAAACGGGAAAAUUUCACCUCCUCAUUUAACCCAUCCGUGCAGUGAAACACCACACACACACACACACACACACACACACACAAGGACACCACAGCGAUGGAUUGUCGGCUCUGGGGAUCGAACUGGCGACCUUCCGGUCACUGGGCACCCUGACCUCAAGUCCACAACUGCCCCACACACAACUGUUAUUUAAUUUGACACUUUCCUUGGAAACUUUGAUCUCCAACCAUCCCUGAGAUGUAUUCUUUCUCGCCGGCGUACUUCGCUCUUCGAGGAUCUAAAACCCCUUUCAGUGCCCUGCCUGUGUCUGGGUCAGAGGUUCUCCUUCCCGCAAGCGUUAGGCCUGUGUUCUGCUGAGACCCGUCGGCCUCAGCUCUAUGACUGUAACUUUAUUUCACUCAUUUCUAAAUGAUUUUUACAAAACUUUUGUUAAGCUGUGAUUGAAGGACACAUUUCUUCAGACUUUCUGACAGUAAAGUGAGGAAAAUGAGUUUGUUGCCCUGAGGCAACAUCGUGUCUUCGAGGGUUAAUAAUCCACGCCUUGUUGCGCAAACGGAAAAGUGGUCCCAUCCUUCACUCAGGCUGAUUAGCAGGUGACAUGAAGUUGGGAAAGACAUCGAAUUUCCUGAAGAUGGAGAGAGAACGUUCAUGUAAAGAUGGUACGUGGAAGCAGAUGAUCUGAAUGAACCUCCGUUCUCAUGUCGAAUCACUGAACUGAUUAUUUAUUGAGACCACACUCUUAAAAAUGGUUCAUUAGGGUUCUUUAGUGGAGUCGGUGGUUUGACCUAGAACCAUGAACUCUCCAAGGACCAUGCUCAUGCUUAAACGGUUCUUUGCCAGGUGAAACGGUUCUUCGGAUCGAUGGAGAACAUGUCCUAAUUGGUCUAUGUAGCACCAAAGAGGGCUCUUCUACUGCAUACGCUGUCAAGCUCAACCAACCAACAGAAGAACCCUUUUUAUUGCUACAUAGAACCAUAUACUGCACAUACUCCACCUGGAGAACCAUUUCACCAUGGAAAGAACUAUGCAAAUGGUUCUUUCAGUGUUCAUGGUUCUAUAGAGGACCAUUGUGCUUCCUAAAGAACCAUCCGAACCACCUUUUGAAGAACAAAGUGGUUCUUCUGGGGUUCUUCAGUAAA